GCUUUAUCGAUUCGGACGGUUGACUCGACGUCAACUUCAGAGAGACAAAGAGAAAGAACACUGCAGAGUGUAGAGCAGAGCAGAGCAGCAAAGUUCCGGUCAACGUCACAGCUCGUGUAAACUAUAAAGUGCUUUAUGACUCGAUGAAACACGUGUUUUCAAUAUUUCAAUCCGAAAUCGAUGAAACUGUGGUUAUUCGAGAAAUUAUUUAUACUAUAAGAUCAUAAUUGAUAAGCGAUCGAAACGAACGUUGUAACAAUAUCGCGAUAUCUUCGGUGUGCGAAUUGGUUUCAGUGAAAUCGUCGGUGUUCAAUUUCUUAACAAUCUGUACAAUGUUUUAAUUUUUUAACAUCGUUUGUAGUGUUUAGUAUUUCUCGUUAGUUUUAAUUAUUAAGAUAAUGGCGCUUCCGUUUGAAAUGAAUUUCGAACGUGUACAAAAAUCUUCGAUAUUCUUCUCUUGCUUGAGUGUCGCCAAAUUAUUUAUUUAUUUGAAUCACGUGCAACCGUAUUAUUUCAUUGACGAGGUAUUCCAUGUACCUCAAACGUUACAGUAUUGCGCCAACAAUUUUACACAGUGGGAUUCAAAAAUUACUACUUUACCUGGGUUGUACCUACUCGCAACCUUCGUCUUAUCACCCAUGAAUCUUUGUAAUACGUUUUACAUGAGAUGCAUAAAUUUGUUUGGUACAUUUAUGAAUCUCUAUCUCGCGUACAAUAUAUUUGAACAAAUUUCAUCGACUCGUUGGAUUAAAAAAUGGAACAGCUGGACAAAACUUGCAGUGGCUUAUAACAUUAUGUUCUUUCCACCCCUGUUCUUCUGGCACUUUCUAUAUUACACGGACGUUUUGUCUGUUAAUACGGUAUUGCUAAUGUUAUUGUUACAUUUACGCAAGCAAUUUAAGACCGCAGCUUUCGUAGGUUUUUUGUCUGUGUUAAUUCGCCAAACGAAUAUCAUCUGGGUUGCAUUUGUUACUGUGGAGCGUGCGUUUGACUUGCUAGACCGUAAGAUGCAUAAAUCAAUUUCCCGUGAACAGUAUAGUUCGAUAAUCUAUUUACAACUACUAUGGAAAAAGAUAAUAGAAGAAUGUCACGGAUGGGCGUCAUUAGUAAAGUUUAUUAUUCAAAUGUGCGUAGAGUUGCUUCCGUAUGUGACAGUAUGUUUAACUUUUCUAACAUUUGUCAUUUGGAACAAAGGUAUCGUUGUGGGAGAUCGUACAGCUCAUGUUCCUACUAUUCAUGUGCCGCAGCUAUUAUACUUUUCUGCUUUUCUUUUUUGUUUCUUAUGGCCAUAUAUGAUCGUUCAUUGGAAGGACUAUAUUAACUUUAUUCAAAGACACUGGCUCUCUGGAAGUUGUUUUCUGAUAUGUUUAACUGUUAUAGUUGAUUCUAACACGCUGGUUCAUCCGUACGUAUUGGCGGAUAACAGGCAUUACGUAUUCUACUUUUGGAAUAAGUUUAUGGGUAGAUACAGACUGUUCAAGUAUUUCUUAAUACCCAUUUACUCGUUCAGCUUAUAUGCGGCUUUCCGUGGAAUUAAGCAUUUAAGGUUUACAACACAGCUUAAUUAUUUUUUCAUGGUUUCGAUGGUCCUUAUUCCUCAGUUGCUUAUAGAGCCACGAUACUUUAUAAUUCCGUAUAUUCUCUAUCGCUUCCUUAUUCGAAAACCAAAGAAGUGGCAAAUUAUCAUGGAAUCGAUUACUACUAUAAUAGUGAAUUUCCUACAGUUCUACAUUUUCGUUAACAAGGUCUUCUUUUGGAACGAUCAACCGUUUCCUCAAAGGAUAUCUUGGUAAAUUUAGUUGAUUAAAUUUCAGGACGUAUUCAAACAAGUAUAACGGUACUAAAUUUUUCGAAAAUUGCCAAACGUAUUGUUUCUUCAAUAAAUACUAUUUUGAUAUUUUGCAAACGAAUGUGUUGUAAUGCGGCAGCAACCCCUUCCACCAGCAGUUUUAUGUAUUCGUAUAAAUCCCGAUGAAAAUCAAAGACAUUAUGUAAAUUAGAAUAUCACAUCAUCAUUUAUUACUUUUACUUUUGUUACAUUUCUCUAUAAGGAACAGUAAAUAACUAACUAAGCGUGAAUUAUCACUCAUACGCGACAGUUUCUUUCUCUUUUUUAUUUCACAGCAUUUCUACGGUAACUUUAACAACGUAACGCGACUAGCAAACGAUUCCACUAAAAUCAAUCGAUGUAAUUUGUACUUAUCGAACCGUGUAAAAGUUCGUAUAAAAACAAACAAAAGAAAAAACGAAUCGAAAUCCUUACGCGUAUCGCACAAUAUUCAUUAAUGCCAUAAUUAGGAUAUGUGUAGAUCGAAACAACGAUACUCGUAAAACGCGAGUAGAAACGGUACGAAAAAUCUUUCGAAACGUUUGGAUGGAUUUCGACUAUUCAAAUAUUUAAUAUCCUAUUAUUCGAAACCGCGCUAUUCAUAUUUUUUUCGUGUUUCACGCUUUCAAAAGUUAGCCUCGAAAAUUUCAUUAGAAAAACCUUUCUUACAUUCUCAUUGUCAGUCUUAUAAUUGUAUUGCACUCUCAUUUACACUGUCACGUCUACGUUUUAUUUUUAUCGUUUGCUCUUUUACGAGUAUCGUUACCGUGCUUCACUGUGCUUCACUGUACUUCACAGACGGGAUCUUCUCUCGGAUUCUCUGCUUUCGUUAUUCCAAACGAUCGGACGAAUCGAAGCAGCGAUACAUCUAGGGCUUCCAAAAUCAAUCUUUCAAGUAUUCAUUAUUAUUUUUAGUAACUAACUAACUAACGAUCAAACAAAAGAUGAACGAAUGAAAACUUUUACGUUUGAUAAGGUAGGAACAUAUGUGGAGAAAAAAAAAAGGGAAAAAAAAGAGAGAGAGAAAUCUCAUUGAAAUCUCUUUUGAUUCGGCUACGGUUUCUGAUAUACAUACAGCCAACCCAAAUUUAACAGAAUUUAAUAGAAUUAAUUUGGAAAAGAGAAACGAGUAGAAUACAAACAGAAAAAAGGAGGGUUGAAAGGGUCAAGUUCAAAGUGUUCGAAAUUCCAAUUUGCUCAUCUACGCGAGUAGAUGAAUCGAAGCAGAAAAUCCAAGAGAAUCGGUCGACAGUUAUCCAUGUCGAUAAUGGGGAUUCACUGAUUAUCCGUACACCCCUGGUGUUUUCGAAAAUAUCGAUAUCAAUGUUGUACAACAACGAAAACAGUGUCAGGGAUUUGGCGAGACUGUAUUGCUUCGUUUGAGAAUACGUUCGUGAAGAAUUUGAAAUUUUGGAAGAGAUUAAAAUAAUUAGAAAGCGUAUACGUUCGACGAUCGAUGUAAAUAAUACGAUUUGUAAUGGUAAUAGCGUACACGAGCGUGAUCCAGAGGUUUAGAAAAUCGCACAGAGAGUUGGACAAUGCUUAUGUACUUUGCGAUUACUCCUGCGUUGGAUCACUUGCAAUUAUUAAUCAUAAUCUACGUUUGUAAUCUCUUAGAGCUAAUCGUGUCUAAUUAUUAAUCAUGAUUAAUAAUUAUUCUUUGCUGAUUAAUCAUGAUUACUCGAUUAUUAGGUAAUCGUAUGUUACAUAUUAAUCGACACUGUUUACGAUAAAUCAUCCUCGUCUACAUUACGCAAAAAGAUUUAAAAAAGAGGGUAGAAAUGAAAAAUGGUGUCGCAUUUAUUGUCGAAAUUAGCUAUUAGUGCCUUGCAGUUAAUCUCCCUAUUCCAUAGAGAUAUUACGGAUAGAGUAGAGGUGAUAGCACAGGUAAAAAGAGACAGAAAAUCUCUCUUGCUUGUGUGUUGCUGUCUACCAAUUACAUUCGCAUUAAUAAAAGCAUAUGUUAUUCGUGUUAGCUAUAAUUACAAUUAGUUUAAUAGUUUCUCGUUACAUUAUCACGAUUCUUACGUAGAAUACCGCGUUUAUCUUUCUCUUUCUAACAGUAGGACAUUCCGACUUGGUUAGCCACGCCUAUGUCCUCCCUAUUCUAUCUAUGAUAUCUCUAUGGUUUCAAAUUCAAAGUAUGUAUCCUUCAAACUUUGAACACGCACGUAUGGCUAGACUAGCCAAAGCGCGCGUGUGCUGUUUCACUCGACUCGACUCGAUGAGAUAAUACUAUUGGAUACGAUUCAAACACUCGUCGAUACCGCUGACCUCGAAGCAGCCUUUUCAUUUUCUAUGAUAAAUAUUAAACGGUAGUACCGACAGUGGCACGUUAUCCUCUUGGCGAAACACAUCUACCUACUCUAACCAAAAUUAAUCUUCCAACAAGUAUAUCGAAAUUCAUUUUUAUCUAACCCUCCUAAUUCAUUCAUUUCACUGACAUACGUCGAUUUCAUUUAUUAAAGCAUUGCUUCGUUAAUAGAAAUCUAAUAAGAAAUCUCCGUGAACCAGCGUUAAUAUAAUACAAUUAAUUUCUGAAAGAGAAACGAAUGGAACAGAGACGGAACAAAAUUAUAUCGAAAGGGUUGAACAAGCUUUUCAAAUUCCAUUUUGUUUCGAGGUAUAACGCGCCAUUACGGGCCAUUACUUUUACAAUCAUUAAAGUCAUUUGCAUCCAUUCGCACAAUUACGCGACUCGCGAGGAGCCAGUACCUAACGAGUUUAUUGCUUCCACUGAUAUCUUCGCUUAACUAGAUCGUAGAUAAGUCGCAGAAAUCAACAAACACAAUCGAUCCAAUCAUUUAUUUCAGCGUUUUCCAAACUAGAGGCUGCAAACAUUUCAUUUGGCCGUCGAUAAACUUUACUUAAUAUUUGAAUCGAUUGAAAUAAACGUACGUAAUCUUUUUUUUCUUUUCUUUCUUUCUUUGUUGGUUGUUGUUGUUUUUAUCUUCCUCGCAAAACAAGUUCGAAAACCACUCGUUUACGCGUUGUGCCCUUUUAAACGGUCUUCAACGAAACUAUGUGCAACGUCGACUGAAUUUUGGUUAGAACAAGCACGUUUAAUUAUACGGUCGUACAGCUAGUUUCAUCGCCAAGUCAGCAAUGGCGAAUCUUGGAAGAAUUCAAAAUUCCUUCCUAAAUUUCAAAGAAAUGUUGUGUUAUGUAAUUGCACGAUCGACAAUGCUGAUGUUACUGGACUAGAAGAUAAGAUAAGAUAAGAUAAUAUAUAAUAUAUACGACGCGGUUAGCAUCAGAUCUAUUUUUUUCCCCCGAACAAUAGGGGCGGAGAGGUUAAACUUUUUUGAGCGACUUUUGAUAAUUACAAACUCUCGAUGAAUCUCUGCGUAUUCAGAGAUUUCCCUAUAUCACUCGCAUUACUUUGGUAAUAAAUGUUACAUAUUAAGAUACCAAAUCAAGCGAUCAGCUGCAACCCUAAACCGGAACGUUCCAGUUUGACAAGAGUUGAAACAGUGUCCGAACGUUCGAUAUUCUAGAAAUACCUGCAAGCUUGGGAUAUACAUAUCUCAUCUCCACUGACGACGUUUAAAAAUUUCAUAUUAAUUCUAGAGCGUUGUCGCAGAUCUCUCGAAAUAUUUUUACAUUGUAUUUCUCUUUUUUCCCUACCUACGCAUGCAUUCGAUAUGAAUAUUUGCACUCCACGAUUGAGAUUUUCGGUCGUCGUGGACCGUAUAACGAGCGUUAUUAUUCCUUAUGAAAUUUCUAAGAAUCCCUUAAAACUCGGCGCAUCUUAACAGUCUUUUUGCGCCGAUUUCAUUGUACAGCAAAUCGCAAAAUUAUCAACAAACAAUCUAUACAAGAUUUCGCUAUGGUUUUUACGUGAGAAAGUAUAUUUACGCUACGGACUUGUAAAACUAAAAAAAAAAAGAAAAGAAAAGAAAGAAUUGUUGCAUUAUAUUUCUUAAAUAAAUAAGAAGCAUAGACAAAUCUUGCAUAGCUUUGUAAUGUUUGGUGUGCGCCGAUAAUUUAGCGACUCAUCGUAUUGCAUUCGUAAUUGGCUAUUUCGUACUAUAUACACAUAUAUCGUACAUAUAUAUAGGCAAUUCUUUUUUAAACAAAUGGAAAUACAGAGAUCUCUGCAUAACGAAAACGAAAUUACAGUCGUCGAUACUUGGGUUAAAUCUAACCUUGUCUGCUGAUCGAAAUUAAAAUUGUUACAUUUGGUUUCUUAUAUACGCGAGAGUAUCGUCAUUCGACCCGAAGCUUUCGAAUAUUAUUAUUAUUAAUAUAUAACGUCUCGAAUAUUUAUACAAAAGUCCUCUCUGCUACUGUUUACGUGCCAUUGGCAUCGAUUAAAAACAAAAAAAAAAACAAAAAAAAAA